UUCCUGACCCCUGGAACUCUGGGUAUAACACAUGAUCCAAAGGUCCUUAAACCAUAGCACAACAUAAAUCAAAGGCACGUGACCUCUAAGGUCCUAUACAGAGGUAUCCUAGAGUAAUUACAUAUAUAAAUAUAUACAUUAAAUAUUACCAUAUUAAGAGGCAUUAGCAUAGAGCCCAUUAGCAUGGAGGGACUCUGGCUGAGGGGACUGCAGACAAAGGGACAGGACCAAGUCCUGUACCGGGACACCACAUACCUUACACCUCCGUAUAUCGCACUUUGACCUGUUACCUCAGUCUGGUCACAUGACAGGUGAUAACCGCUCCUUUAUUAGACCUAUAAGUCGCCCUUUACCAUCUGUACAUCCGUUUGGAUCAGACAAGGAACAAUUGAGGAAUAACAUUUUAUAUAACCCCAAUAUCUGAAGACCCCCGGACAACAAGGACCUCGGAGGACCCCCGGACAACAAGGACCUCGGAGGACCGUCUAUUCCAUCCUGAUACGUGUGAUUCUCAGAUGAACAAUACAGCUCCCCCGACUAUAGCUCCUCAGGAUGAGCCCCCGAGUUACAACCUUAUUGCACCAUAUGCACCUCCGGUUACAUGCCCACCAUCUGCUCCACUAGACCACGCUAUAGUCAAAGGCCUUCCGCCUGGCAUGGAGCUCCUCCUCCAGGUUAACCAGUUAAUAGUGAAGGAGAAAUUCUCGGUGUCUCAGGGUUUGGGUUCCUCCUAUGAUGUGUUGAAUCACCUUGGUCAGCGACUAUUACAGACAGACCAAAAUAUUGGGUGCUGCUGCCCUGUCUAUGAUGUCAGUUUUCGGGACAACAGCGGCAAUGACGUCCUGAAGCUUCUGGAGGCCCGAUCUUGCACCUGUACUCCGCAGAUAUCGGUGACCUGUCUUUCGGGGGCUCCGGUUGGAUUUGUGAAGUUGCAUGUGAACCAUCUGGUCACCCACCUGUCAGUGAUGGAUUCCUCCAAUAAAGUCAUCCUCCUCAUCCUAGGACCCAGCUUAAGGGACAGUAUUUUUGGCAACAGCACCUUUGAGGUGAAGUCUCGGGAUGAGCAGCAUGUUGUUGGUAUAAUCAAGAUGGAGACCGACCAUGUUCUGGUUUCCUUCCCGUUGGACAUGGAGGUGGCGGUGAAGGCCUUGUUGUUGGGCUCCUCCCUUUUUCUGAGUCAUCUCAUUAAGUUGGCGAGGAGGAAUCUACGGACUCGAAGCAACUCCUAAAUGUCACAUGACUAUUCCUGCUGCUAACCUCGCACAUGUAUACCGCCACAUGUAUCUGGUGAUGUGUAACGUAUUCUGGUGAUAUGGUCAUUUCUUCUUUAACCCUUUCACUAACAGGGUUUUUGGACAUUUUGAACUUCUAUUAUCCGGAACAAUUUUCAAUCUUUUGACAUGAACAAAUAAAACUUAAAUUACAAAAUUACACCCCCCCCCCUUAUAUAUUCUACAAAAUCUGAUUGAUAGUAUGCCCUGCUGCACUUUAUACUCACAGGCGUCUUGAUACAAUUUUGUGUAAUUUUUAAUUUGAAAUGUUUCAUAUUUUCAUCUAAUAAAAUUCAAUUCAUGGGUAAACGUGUGAUCGAAGCAGAGAGUUAUUGGUGCCGAACCUCCU